AUGAAGAAGUUGAAAGAGGGAAAUUACGAUCUUCUCUUGGCGGACCCCGUCAAAGCUGGCAGUGACUUAGUAGCAGAUAUUUUGGGGAUCCCACUCGUCUUGUCCUUUCGCAGCUCCCCAGUUAAUAACUGGGAGAGGCAUUGUGGUCAGAUGCCUGCUCCACCAUCCUUUGUUCCCGGUGCUAUGAGCAAACUCACAGAUAAGAUGGACUUCUCAGAGAGAGUGUGGAACUUUCUCUUCUAUGCUCUCCACGACAUUGUGAUUGAUCACACUUUUUGGAGCGUAUUAGACAGAUAUUACUCUGAUGUCAAAGGAACUCCCACCAGUGCCUGUGAGUUGAUGAGUAAAGCAGACAUCUGGUUAAUCCGAACCUACUGGGAUUUUGAAUUCCCUCGUCCUUUCCCCCCCAACUUCAAAUAUGUUGGUGGGAUCCACUGCAGACCUGCUAAACCUUUACCAGAGGAUCUGGAGGAAUUUGUGCAGAGUUCUGGAGAUGAUGGCAUUGUGAUCUUCACUUUAGGAUCCAUGAUCAACAACGUCACCAAGGAGAAGGCAAACAUGAUAGCUUCAGGCCUCGCUCAGAUCCCACAAAAGGUGCUGUGGAGGUACAAAGGAGAAAAACCAGAAACCUUGAAUGCCAACACUAGAAUAUAUGACUGGAUCCCUCAGAAUGACCUCCUAGGUCACCCUAAAACUAGAGCUUUCAUCACUCAUGGAGGCACAAAUGGGAUUUAUGAAGCCAUCUACCACGGAGUUCCCAUGGUGGGCAUACCCGUGUUUGGUGACCAGCCAGACAACAUGAUCCACAUGAAGGAAAAAGGAACUGCAGUUAUUCUCAAUUUGAACUUCAUGACAGCUGAGGACCUAAGAGAUGCAGUCAACACCGUCAUUAAUGACAAAUCGUGAGUUCUCUGAACUAUCUGCACUUUAAAUUAGGCACUGAAAAGUGGCUUUAAAAGGAAAAAAAUGGAGCAGGCUCAGAGUAUGAAAUGUGAAGAAUCUACCUUAAACCAUUUUUUCUUGGAGCCAGCUAACACAAGAAAGCCCCGCUGAGCUGAACUUUCAAUUCAAUUUUAUUUAUAUAGCACCAAGUCA